AUGAUUGAUAACGACAGUCGUCUCGAAUGGAGUUGGGCCGGUGAUGUUUUCCUCGGAUAUUCUACAUGCAUCGUUUGUCGGCAGGUAGUGGACGCAACGAGGCUGUUCAAGCCAACGUACUCUUGGGGAAGCUCAGAUGCCACCCAGAGAGAAAAUGAUGUAUCAUUAUUGAUUCCUAACACAUCCACGCCGGACCGUAGUUUCAUGCAUCAAGCUUCUAUCCCUAAUCUUCUUGAGAAUGCCUUUUCAGGUGUUCCCUCACCUAUCUAUCUAGCUCAGGGAUCGCCCCGCUGCAGAUCACACGAUAAUCAAUCUUUUGUAACAUACUUCCGCUUUCCCCCGUCUGUCGAAGAGGGAUGGGAUGGACUUGAGCGUGGACCGCACCGCGUUCGCUGCGUACCUGUGUACCUGACACCUGAACGCGAACCCAACCCUCCACUACACCCGGAUCUAGUGAGCCGGUUUGCCUAA